AUGCGUCAAUCUGAAUUUCUUUUCGGCCUUGUGGCUUCGGCUUCGACCGUGCUUGGUGCUGUCCAGCCUUGGGGUCAGUGUGGUGGUCAGGGCUGGGCUGGGGAGACAACCUGCACGUCAGGAUGGACUUGUGUGGCAUCGAAUUCGUACUACUCCCAGUGUCUGCAGAGUACAGGUGGUGGCAAUGCUGCAACGACACUAUCAACGAAGGUGGCUACUCCGACAGCUACCACAAGCCCUAAUACGGGGGCGAAUGGAGCUUCAUGUUCCAUCGAUACCAAAUUCAAGACGCACUCGGGGAAGAAGUACAUCGGUGUUGCGACGGAUCAAGGGCUGUUGACUUCUGGGCAAAAUGCUCAGGUUAUCAAGGACAACUUUGGCCAGGUCACGCCCGAGAACAGGCAGGUCCCUUCUUCUCAAUCUUAUGCCAUGAAAUGGGAUUCUACGGAGCCCUCGAAAGGAAGCUUCAGUUUCACUGGCGCUGAUUACUUGGUGAACUGGGCAACAACCAACGGUAAAUUGAUCCGUGGACACACAACAGUCUGGCACUCCCAGCUGCCUUCCUGGGUGUCCUCAAUCACCGAUAAGACGACUCUUCAGUCAGUUAUGACGAACCACAUUUCGACUGAAAUUGGGCACUUCAAGGGCAAGAUUUACGCCUGGUGGAAACUUCCCGGCUUCGUCGACACCGCCUUCAAAGCCGCUCGCGCUGCCGACGCAAACGCUAAACUCUAUAUCAACGACUACAAUCUCGAUUCCGCGACGUAUGCUAAGACGACGGGUAUGGUCAGCAAAGUCAAGAGCUGGGUGGCUGCCGGCACCCCCAUAGAUGGCAUAGGGAGCCAGUCCCAUUUAUCUGCUGGAGGAUCUUCCGGCACUGCUGCAGCUCUGCAGGCUCUUUGUGGUGCGGCUUCAGAAUGUGCCGUGACUGAGCUUGAUAUCGCGUCGGCGCCGACGAGCGAUUAUCAGAAUGUCGUCAAGGCUUGCCUAGGUAUCUCUAACUGUGUUGGUAUUACAGUGUGGGGACUUAGGGAUUCUGAUUCCUGGAGGGCAAGCACGAACCCACUACUGUUCGACUCAAGCUACACUGCUAAGGCUGCUUACAAUGGUAUCUGCAGUGUCUUGUAA